AUGGCAAUGGCAAUGACAAUGACAAUGACAGUAGCAGUGGCAGUGGCAGUGGCAGCGCGGGUGCAGAUGAAGCGGCUGCUAUAUGACGAAGGCCAAAGCCAUGACACCAUGGUAGUUCCAAACCCGAAAGACGGUCCCAGAUGCAAAAAGUCGCAUUUCGCAGUCGUCCACCGUCACUCGCGCUCGUCAGCUCGGAGCCCAGCGGUCCGCGUCGUAACCACGGAGAGAUUCCUGAUAUGCGCAGAAGCAGAUGCAAACCGCAAGCUCCCCGUGCAGACGUGUGGUGCGUGCAGCUCCCUGUCUCUCCCUUGUCCGCAGUCCGCGCUGGUGCUGUCAAGCCCGCCUGCUGCCCGCCGAUCGCCUGCUCUGAUCGCAGGCGCCCGAGCCGCCGUCAACCAUUUCCUUUUCCAUCCCUGUACACUAGUCCCGCAAUACCCGACUAUCAUCACUUACGCCCCAUCUGCAACCAUUGCCACUAGUCUUCUCAUAAUUGCACCCAUAUCCGACCUUCUCUGGUCAUCGCCUUCCCAGAGUCGGUCGCUACACCACGACAAUAACGCGGCCGCGCCAACGCCUUCCUACAUGAGCGACCUGAGAGACCGUCUCGCGCGAUUGGGACUGUCCCAAUACUACCAAGUACUCGCGGCCGAAGGCUUUGACACUUGGGAUACUGUUCUCGACAUAACAGAAUCAGACCUAAGUCAUCUCAACGUCAAGCUUGGCCACCGAAGGAAACUUCAAAGGGCCAUCGCCGAGUCGCGCGGACAGUCUUCCGACAGGCCUCUUCCUAUCAAUCUCGCACGAGCCGGAAGCACUGCCGGGUCUUAUCGAAGUGACGACUCAGGUCCUGAGAGCAAGACCAAGCCGCCCGAUUCUACUCAACCACCUCCUAGUGGAACUGGUGCCAAGAGAAAGUAUCGACGACAUCCAAAGCCCGACGAGCAUGCUCCAGAGCGUCCUCCUUCAGCUUAUGUCAUAUUUUCAAACCAGGUUAGAGAGUCGCUAAAGGGCCAAGAUCUUUCCUUUACAGAGAUCGCCAAAGUCGUUGGCGAGAAAUGGCAGGUGUUGCCUGCUGAGGAACGUGAGGGCUGUGAACGACAAGCCAACGGUGCAAAGGAGAAAUACUAUGCUGAGUUGGCAGAGUACAAAAAGACUCCACACUUCGAAGCCUAUCAAAAGUAUUUGGAAGACUUCAAAGCGAAGCAUUCGGUACCGACCAAAGGUCUGUACCCCACUGCCAGUAACUCGAAACGCAGACCAUUAACCGUCUCAGAAGGCAAACGUUCGAAACUGGAUACUGAGACCAGCACCUCAACACGAGCUGGCAGUUAUGAACAAAACGAUCGAUCAGUAAAUAGGAGACUAAGUUCAACCCAGCCAGACGCUUAUGCAUCAGGACAACAGAAGCCGGAUUCCAGUCAAUCCACCGGCCCUUCGCGUCUUCCACCUGGUCCGCUCUAUGCUUCGAAACCGACAUCACCCAUCAACCGUCCGCUUUCAGGCUUCAACUCCCCCCGCUCGGGCGAGCAGUUCUCUCCAGCUUCUGCGUCCCCAAGGCCAGCUCCUCUGCAAAGAGAAGGUAUCUUUGAGCCAUCUGCACCCAACCCUAUACGAGACCCGAGGAUCCCCUUCGACGCCAAUCCAUAUCAUCAACCAGUAUCUACACCAUCACCCUCGUAUCCGUACUCGGCGCACUACCAGUCACCCGCCGAAAUGCAUUCUCGCAGGACCACGCGAGAUCCUACGCGCCUACCUCGUCUCAGCCAUGAAGACACAACAUUAUCAUCCGAGAGUGGUCAUAGUGGCCAAGGAUUGCCCACGUCCUGUUAUCCAGAGCAGACUUUACCCACAGAUCCAAGUAAGACAAUGCGCAUGCUUCCACAACCCGUGCCUAGCAUAGGACCAUCGCCCUCGCCGUUAGAUCGACCUGUUCAGUCUAUGCAGCCUUCACAUUUUCCACACCUUGCCCAUGAUUAUCGGACGCAGGGUCCACUUGCAGUCCUAGUAAGAGCAGGGGAAUUGGCGUCACGAGUAGUAGAUGACGAUGCGAUGGAGACCGCAGUUUCGCCUUAA